AUGAAGUCCUCAAGGUUUUUGAACGAGUCUCAGACGGCUCUGGAGAAACAAUCAUGGCCAAUGAUUGUUUCAAAUGGUUUUUGGACUUCAUUUUGUACCAAUCUGUUCAAGAGAAGUCCAUCGUAUCAAUUAAAAUUCGAUCGUUUCUCUCAUGUUCCGUUUGAAGAGCUCGAGUCGAACGUUCACUUUUUGGCACACUCUUUCAGGACUGGAUUUGCAUUUAACGCAGCUUGA